AUGCAUUCUGGUCGUCAGCCGGGGAUGAGUAGGUGGCAGUCGUUUGGUGCUGCUCAAGAGUGGGCCUACGCCGUCUACCGAUUUGCACGGCUGGAACUGGAAGGUGAGACGGCCAGCCUGAGCGAUGGACCUUGCGAAACGAUGAAGACACAAAAUGGUUCCGUUCAACUGUUGAACUUAUUGUUGGGACUUUCAUUUCGUAUGAAAGUGUAUGAAGAAGAGAUUCAAAGGUCGAUCUCACCAAAAGACGACGUUGAAGCCCGUUGUAGUGCAGAUGUUUGGCUUUUACACGACGUUGAGGCUGACGCAGUAUCAAAUGAUGGUUACCAUCAGAGCUGGUACUUAUUCUUGUAA